AUGGCUGCGCAGAGGUUGGCGAAGAGGGCGCCAGCCCCAGCUCCAGCUCCCGCACAAGAGCGUCGGUCCACCCCAUUGAUCAAGAAGCGACAGCAGUCGAGCUACCUGACGUCUCAGACUGAGAAGUUUGCCGUCAAUGGCACCGGAGUUCCUCUGGUCCCCUUUGACAUUGGCGAGUCGUACGCCGGGACGCUCUCCAUCGACGGGAACAGCUCGAACCAAAACCAGCUGUUCUUCUGGUUCUUCCCCUCAGACAAUCCCGCGGCGACCGACGAGAUCACCAUCUGGCUGAACGGCGGACCUGGAUGCAGCUCGCUCGACGGGCUUCUGCAAGAAAAUGGCCCGUUUCUGUGGCAGAGCGGGACUUACGGUCCAUUGCCCAACCCGUUUUCCUUUGUGAACCUGACCAACAUGGUCUACGUUGACCAGCCGAUCGGCACGGGUUUCUCCCCUGCAGCGCCGGGAGCCCCAGCCAAGAUCAACAACGAGGUCGACGUGGGCAGACAAUUUGCCGGGUUCUGGAAGAACUUCAUGACCACGUUCAACAUGACGGGACGCAAGGUCUACAUCACCGGCGAAUCGUAUGCGGGCCAGUACAUCCCAUACAUUGCCAGCUAUAUGAUUGACCAGAACAACACCGAUUACUACAACGUCGCUGGCAUCCAGAUCAACGAUCCCAGCAUUGGGCUUGACUCGGUCCUGACGGAAGUGCCUGCUGCCACGCACAUGAACAACUACGCCAACGUCUUCGGCCUCAAUGACUCGUUUGUGUCGGCCGUCACCAAACGGGCCGAGCAGUGCGGAUACAUUGAGUAUAUGGAAAAUGCCCUGACCUUCCCGCCCAAGGGCAAGUUCCACGAACCAGUGAAUUCGUCCAACCCAGAUUGUUUGAUCUGGGAAGAUAUCGUUUUCGCCGAACUCUACGUCAACCCUUGUUUCAACUUUUAUCACUUGACAGACUUCUGCCCGUUCCUGAACGACGAGCUUGGCUUCCCAUCUCUCGGCAACGGACCCAACAACUACUUCAACCGCAGCGACGUCCAGGCCGCGAUCCACGCCCCUCCCACCGACUACGUGAUCUGCGGGGAUGACAGCCUCUUCCCCAAGGGUGACCAGUCGCCCCCAUCGUCGUUUAGCGCCCUUCCCCACGUUAUUGAACAUACCAACAACGUCAUCGUCGGCAGCGGUCUUUUGGACUUCCUGCUCCUGACCAACGGCACGCUGAUGACCCUGAACAACAUGACCUGGAACGGCGCCCAGGGCUUCUCCAAGGCACCGUCUGACAAGUUCUUCGUGCCGUACAACCCCUCGAUCGGGUUCGUCAUCCAAGAGACCCUCAACCAGCCCAUCCCCGCCACUCCCGUUGGCUUGGUCGCAGGCGGUGGAUACAUGGGCACCACCCACACGGAGAGAGGAUUGACCUGGGUGACAGUCGAUAUGGCGGGUCAUGAGAUUCCCCAGUACGUUCCGGGCGCCGCCUACAGACAGCUCGAGUUUUUGCUGGGUAGAGUCAAGAGCCUGACCCAGAUGGGUGACUUCUCGACACAGCAUGGAAACUACACGGGCACAACUCCAUUGUAG